GCAGACCUGUUGGUGUUACUGUUUCCGGAUCAUAUCUGCGACCUCUCGCAUCAACACGCGUGUAGCAGCAACAAACUCUUCUCGUCCCACAUAUUUUAAGCCGUGCUAGGUUUCAAACCCAGUCAAAAACCGAGGAAGGUUCCACUUGAGCAGCGGGAGGUUGUUCCAUCAUGGGCCGGCCCCGGUCGAAAAAGCGCGGUCCGACGUUCCGACGUCUACUAAAAACCAGUAAUGUGAAGCUGGAGAACAAGCUGAAGAACCGGACGCUGAAGCAGCAGAAUGUCGCCAAGAAGCAGCGCAAAGAGCAGAAGCGUUUGAGGCAGGCGGUGAAGGGGGCAAUCAACAGGACACCUCGCCCACUGGAGACGUACAAGAAGAGACCAGAGGAAGAGCUGGAGGAGGAGGAGUUCCUGGAGAGUCUGCCCACAGACAUGAUGGACGAGGACGACUUGCAGCAGAUGACGGUGAUGGCCCGCCAAGCAUCCUUCCUGACUAGAGACCUGUCGUCAUGUGGGCCGGUGCACAAUGAGAAAAAGCGUCACUCAGAGGUCGUACCCAGUUAUGAGAAGGUUCCGAGAAAAAUGACGAGGACGGAGGAGAAGGAAGUGAUUCAUCUGCUGCCAAUCAAAGACAAGACGGGCAUCAUUCCCCAGAGUCUGGAGAGAGUCAUUACAAGACCACAUGAGGAGGAGGAACAGGAGGAGGAGCUAGAAGAAGCUGCUGAAGAAUCCGAGGAGGAAGAGGAGGGGGCGCUACAGAGGCUGUCAGCACUGACAGCAGAGCAGAUAGAGCGGCUCCGAGUGGAGAAGAUAAAGCAGAAGAAGCUGCAGAUUGCUACUCUGGCCUCAGCCAUCAUCUCUGCCCCCUACAGUAAUAUCAAGUGCCUGAAGGAGCUGCGAGGACUGCUGAUGGAGACGGACCCCUGUGUGGCUGUGACUGUCAGGAAGUUGGUGAUGGUGUCACUGAUGGAGAUCUUCAAAGACAUCACACCAACCUACAGGAUCCGCCCCCUGACGGCCGAAGAGAAGGCCACAAAGGUGAAGAAGGAGACUCAGCAGCUCCGAGAGUUUGAGGAGGGUCUGGUGAGUCAAUACAAGUUCUACCUGGAGAACCUGGAGCAGACAGUCAAAGACUGGAAACAGCAAAAGAAGAAGCGCAGUCAGGCCGUGGGGUUCCAGUCGUACCAGGGUCUGGCGGAGGUGGCCGCCCGCUGCCUGUGUGAGCUGCUUCUCGCUCUUCCUCACUUCAACUUCCACAACAACAUCAUCGUGACACUGGUGCCGCUGAUGAAUGACCCAACCAACCAGAUUUCAGACAUGUGCUGCGAUGCCAUCAGGAAGCUCUUCCAGCAGGACAAAGUGGGCGAAGCUUCGCUGGCCACGGUGCGGGUCAUCUCCGGCUUCGUGAAGAGCUUGAACUACAACGUCAGACCUGCGGUGUUGAGGUCACUGCUUAGCCUGAGGAUAAAAGAAGUGGAGAUGAAAAAGGACAUUCAGUCCACGGCACCAAAGAAGAAGUUCAUGGACUACAAGGAGAAGAAGAAGAACCUGUCCAGGAUGCAGCGGAAGUGGAAAAAAGCUGAGGAGAAGUUGGAGAAGGAGCUGCUGGAAGCUGAGGCCACAGAGAGUAAAGACAAGAAGCUGAAACUGCACACGGAGACCCUGAACAUCGUCUUCCUCGUUUACUUCAGGAUCCUGAAGAAGGCUCAGAAAUCAGUUCUGCUACCAGCUGUUCUGGAGGGACUGGCCAAUUUCGCUCACUUGAUUAACUUGGAGUUCUUCGAUGACCUCCUCAAUGUGCUGCAGAACAUCAUCCAAUCAGGAGAUCGGACCAAUCGAGAGAAUCUUCACUGUAUCCAGACAGUCUUCACAAUUCUGUCAGGACAAGGUGAUGUUCUGAACAUUGAUCCUCUCACCUUCUACUCUCAGCUCUACAAGAUUCUGGUCAAGCUCCAUGCAGGUGCACCCAGUGAUGACAUCAGCAUCUUACUGCGGUGUCUGGACAGCAUGCUGACGCGGCGCAGGAAGCAGGUGUCCCUGCAGAGGGCGAUGGCGUUUAUCAAGAGACUAAGCAUGCUCAGUCUGCACACACUUCCCAACGCCAGUGUGGGCCUCCUCUCUGCCAACAGAGCCGCCAUGCAUGCUUUUCCAAAGAGUGACUUCCUCCUGGAUAAUGAGGUUCAUGGCAGCGGCUUCUACCUGCCAGAACUGGAGGAACCAGAACACUGCAACGCUCAGAACACAGCUCUGUGGGAGCUCCACACACUACAGAGACAUUACCAUCCAGUUGUGAGACAGUUUGCGGUUCACCUCAGUCAUGGAGCUCCCAGUGAAGGAUCAGCGGCGCUCAGCGUGGAGCUGAGUCGCAGGUCUCCUGUGGAGCUGUUUGGUGAUUACAGCGCUGACGGCAUGACCUUUAACCCUCCCGUAGGCUCACCCGGCACAAAGAAAAAGGAUCGAUUCACAGAUGGGACGACAUUGUUGGACCGAGAACUCCAGAGACGAGUGGACACUGAGAGACAGAAGGACAAUGAGGAAGAUGAGAGGCUGGACUUUACUGCUGCUCUAAAACAGACUUCUAUAAGACAUGUACAAGACCCUUCAAAAUAAAAGGCUGGUUUCUGUGUUUUGUUUUUAUUUUAUUUUCAACCUUUUAACACAGCAGUGACCUUUAAUGUUCUUGUUGUUCAAAUUAAACUGUAAUGGCGACAUCAUG